GGAAAGCUAACAAAAAAAAAAAAAACAAAAUAAAAAAAAGAGCAAACACUCGAUGCAUUUUAAGUUGUCAUCGAAAUCAUAUUGAUUGAGUUAAUAUUUCGGCCUUGAAAUGUUUCCAAAUCAAAAUAAUUUGGCCGGCACUGCAGCAGCAGCCAGCGAUGCUCAGCAACAGAACCUCAACUACAAUGGCCUGCAACAACAGCAACAACAACAACAGCAGCAGCAGCAACAACAACAACAACCACAACAGCAACAAUUGUCACAGUCGGCGAAGAAUGUGCGCAAGAAACCGUAUGUGAAGAUAACAGAACAGCCCGCUGGUAAAGCUCUGCGUUUUCGCUAUGAAUGCGAGGGUCGCUCGGCGGGUUCCAUACCCGGCGUCAAUUCAACGCCCGAGAACAAAACCUAUCCGACCAUCGAGAUUGUCGGGUACAAGGGACGCGCUGUUGUCGUCGUCUCCUGCGUCACCAAGGACACGCCAUAUCGUCCACAUCCGCACAAUCUGGUUGGCAAGGAGGGCUGCAAGAAGGGCGUCUGCACGCUGGAGAUUAGCAGCGAGACAAUGCGAGCGGUGUUCAGUAAUCUGGGCAUCCAAUGUGUUAAGAAGAAGGACAUUGAGGCGGCGCUAAAGGCGCGAGAAGAGAUUCGAGUGGAUCCAUUCAAGACUGGAUUCUCGCAUCGCUUUCAGCCGUCGAGCAUCGAUUUGAAUUCGGUGCGAUUGUGCUUUCAAGUAUUCAUGGAGAGCGAGCAAAAGGGACGCUUCACAUCCCCAUUGCCACCCGUUGUCUCUGAGCCGAUCUUCGAUAAGAAGGCCAUGUCCGAUUUGGUGAUUUGUCGGCUGUGCAGUUGUUCGGCCAGCGUGCUGGGCAACACUCAGAUCAUAUUGCUGUGCGAGAAGGUGGCCAAAGAGGAUAUCACGGUGCGCUUCUUCGAGGAGAGGAACGGACAGACGGCCUGGGAAGCACUCGGUGAUUUUCAGCACACUGAUGUGCACAAGCAGACUGCCAUUACGUUUAAGACGCCGCGCUAUCACACCCUCGAGAUAACCGAGCCCGCCAAGGUUUUCAUACAGCUGCGACGACCGUCGGAUGGUGUAACCAGUGAGGCUCUGCCGUUUGAAUAUGUGCCAUUGGAUUCAGGUAGGCAUACGUUCUGGAAUCUUCAUCGGCAUCUCAAGCGGAAGCCGGAUGAAGACAUCUUUCAGCAAAUACUAUCGAUUGAUAACGCCAAACGCGAACCGCCCACAAUUGAGGUAAUUGAUUUAAAUACACCGAAUUUGGAGGAACCAGAGCCGAUACUGAUCGAUGAGGUAGCCACAAUGGAUAAUGAGGCAACAAUGAAUGAGGCAACAGUGGAUGUCAUAGAUCAGGCGCCACAGGAUAUGGAGGCCGCCGAUGCUGAAGCGGAUCGUUUGCGCACCGAACUCGAAAUUGAUUCGAUAAUCGAUCAAAAGGUGCGCGAAAUGGAACAGCUUCAACUGGAGCAACAACAGCUGGAACAGAAACUGGUUGCAACAACGACGACGACAACCAAUGAAAAGAUUAACGAGUGGAUAAAGUCCAAUGAGUUGCAACAGCAGUUGCCAUACGAAACCAGUUCCGAUGCUGCCCCCGCUGAACUCGAUGCCGAGGACAGCGAUGCACCAAGCGAGGCAACUCAAGUGGCAGUACAAGUGGCGCCUCAAGUGGCAGAUGAGGAGGAUAAAACGUUGAACGACCUGCUCGAACAGGUGGCCGAGUUGGAUGAGAUCUAUACGGAUUUUGUGAUGCAACGCGAUACAUACAACAAUACGUUGCACAACGAGCUGCAGAGCAUGGAUCGCCAGCAGCCACAACCGCAUCCACCGUUGCAGGUGGAGGAUAGCUUCGAUGAUGCAGCCACCUACACAAGUCUGCAGAUUGCAUUCAAGAAUCCCGUACACAUACCCAUGGAUGAUGACCGGAUGCCACCAACGCCGCCCAUGUCACAGUGUGCACCGGAGGAUGCACAGCACUACGAUGCCGUCGAGGUGAACUCGCAGCGGGAACAGGAGCUCAAGCAACAGGCUGUCCUCCAGCAGGAGGAGGAGAAGUUGCCACCUUUGCCACCGAAACGUUUGCGCAAACAGGAUAGCAAUGCCGAGAAUCGUUCCAUUGAUGCAAAUUGCAGCAAUUUGCCAACGGCCCCGCCCGUUCUGCAUCCAAGAAACUCGGAUGCUGUGGCGCCCACAAAACGCCUGCCACAUCCCCCGGAGACGGAGCUGAAAGCCAAGCCCAAAUCAAAGCCCGCAAAGAAUCCCAAUUUUAAUACGUUGCCGCGUCAAAAGAAACCCGGGUUUUUCGCCAAACUCUUCUCGCGCCGCAAAAGCAAACCCGAAUUGUCGUUGGACAGCAGCGAGAAUUGCUCCAAAAAUAAUAGUACCUUAGCAAGUCGCGAGCCCAGCAUGGAAUCGAAUCUAAAUAUGCGUAAAACAGAGAAAGCAAAUGUAGCAAGUGCGGCAAGUGCCACACGCAAGUUCAACAAGACAAGUAAGCCGUGUGGUCGCAGCGUGAGCAGUGUGUCUGGCAAGAGACCCACGUAUUUAAAUGCAAAUGUGGUGCACAUACCACUCAAGGGUGACAGUGCGAGCAGCUUGCAACAGCCCACAAAUGAGGCAUACUCGAAUGCCAGCACCAUAACAGUGGGUGGGCAGCUGGACAGACGCACUGCAUCCGCGCUGCAAUUGGCCGAGAUACCAAUCAGCGAGGGUGGCAUGGAAUUGGUUGCCAUUGCCGAUCGUCAGAGUCUCCACAAUUUGGUCAGCUCAAUUGAGGCACAUUUCAAUGUGAAAAUGGAUCCCAAUUUGGAUUUAACCGAAGUGGAACACUUUGCUUUGUAUACGAGUGUGCCGCCCCAGGCAACGGCCAGUGAGUUUGAUGAGACAUCCGCUUACUAUGCCUCCGUGGAUGCGGGCGAGAUCUUAACACCCGAACAGGUGGCCAAACGCUUGGUGGCAGCUCAAAAUGGCAGCAAUUGAAGCGAGCAGUAGCAGUUGCAACACAGGAGCGGUUCAGUCUGCCUGGGGAGCCCACAAAUAAUUGUUUAUUAAUUUGAAAUUCAAAAUGACAGCAAUUGCAACGAGCAGCAGCAGCAGCAACAACAUUGAAGCGGUUUGCUGUUAGGCGCACCCGUUUGUGGGGCGCAUAAAUAAUUGUUGUUUUUAUCUUUAGCGCAACGCCUAAAAACAAUUUGUACGAAAGGCGAGCCUUUCACAAUUUUACACUUGGCAGCGAGCGCCAAACGUUUGCGCUCCAAAUUUGUAAUUUGUAAUUGUAAUUUGUUUUUAGAAAAAAAAACCCUCUCAACAUACCCUAUAAAAUUUGUAUGUGAACUUUGUAAGCGAUAGUUGAGGAAACUAUCCAAACGAAACUUGUUUUGUAAAACAGCUGAGCAAAAAUCGCUGUUCAAUUUGUUUGUGUCUUGUCUGAAGACAACCGACUUUGUAUUUAAUAGAUUUAAAAGGGGUUUUGAAAGAAAAAAACCAAGUUAAGACUCUUAAAGAAAAGAUUGUCCCAUUUAUUGCGAAUACACUGUAAAUGUUUUUAUUGUAGAUCCAGCACAUUUGAGGCGUAAACGUCAAAAGACUGGCGGUGAUCCAAUGCACUUGUUGCUCCAGCAACAACAGAAACAACAACAGCAGCAUCAGAAUGAUCAUCAGGAUGGUAG